CUACGUUAUGAGACAGAUUUGAAGUCUUUCCAAACCGCCAGACCAUCCCACCUCUCUCCAUUCCGUCACCUCCUGAAAAGUCUGGCUUUAAAUGCAUCGGAGGGAACGCAGCUCAGCCAUCUCCAGCAAUUGCUUCCAGGAUGAGCAGAUCGCGCGCAGACACUCGUGGGCAACUGUGAAGUAGUCGGAACCGAUCGGGACAAACGAAUUUUGGUUUUCGUAGAACAUUCAUCUACACUCUGUCAUAGACAGCUGAGACAGGAUAUAGAAUGGCACUUCUGAAGCAAAUGCGGCAUCUUUACCUCAGGAGACCCUCAGGCAAGGCGGAGAACAGACACUCUCUGCUCUGCGCUCUCGGUUUCCACAAACAUUCUGCAAGCCAGUCUCCACCAACAGUUGAGGAAAAUGUGCUGCCCGGAAACGGUAUUCCUUCGGCAGCAGCAGUCGGACAAGACACUCCAGUAAAGACACUGAAAGAUAUGCCAGGACCAAGCACUGUCAGUAAUAUUAUUGAGUUCUUUUAUAGAGACGGUUUCAGUCGAAUCCACGAAAUACAGCUACAGCACAGUCAGAAGUACGGAAGAAUCUUCAAGUCGCGGUUCGGUCCGCAGCUGGUCGUGUCCAUCGCCGACAGGGAUAUGAUAGCCGAGGUUCUAAGGGCGGAGGGCGUGGCCCCUCAGCGUGCCAACAUGGAGUCAUGGCAGGAGUACCGUGACAAAAGGGGACGUGCCACGGGCCUCAUCUCCGCGGAAGGCGAGGAUUGGCUGAAGAUGCGGAGCGUGCUGAGGCAGCUGAUCAUGCGGCCGCGCGACGUCGCCGUCUUCUCCGACGACAUCAACGGCGUGGUGGCGGACCUGGUGGCCCGGGUCCGAGCGCUGCGCGGCCAGCAGCCCGACGGCCUCACCGUGCUCAACGUCAACGACCUCUUCUUCAACUACGCCAUGGAGGGCAUAUCCGCGAUCCUGUACGAGCGGCGGCUGGGCUGCCUGGAGGAGCAGAUCCCCCGGCUCAGUCAGGAGUACAUCGCCGCCGUGCACCUCAUGUUCAGCUCCUUCAAGACCUCCAUGUACGCCGGGGCCAUUCCCAAAUGGCUGCGCCCGCUCAUCCCCAAACCCUGGAGAGAUUUCUGCCACUCCUGGGACGGCCUCUUCAAAUUCAGUCAGGUCCAUGUGGACAGGAAGUUGUCAGAGAUUCAGGCUCAGCUGGCUGCUGGGCAGGAAGUGAAGGGUGGGCUGCUGACCUACCUUUUGGCAACCAAGGAUUUGACUUUGGAGGAGAUCUAUGCCAACAUGACAGAGAUGCUACUUGCUGGAGUGGAUACGACUUCAUUCACUUUGGCCUGGAGCACCUACCUGCUGGCCCUCCACCCGCAGGUGCAGCAGCAGAUCUACGAGGAGGUGGUGCGCACGCUGGGGCCCGACAAAGUCCCCGUCUCCGAGGACAUCCCCAGCCUGCCCCUCAUCCGAGGCCUGGUGAAGGAGACGCUCAGGCUGUUCCCGGUGCUGCCGGGAAACGGCCGCAUCACGCAGACGGACCUCGUGGUCGGGGGCUACCUCAUCCCUGCAGGGACUCAGCUGGCUCUGUGCCACUACAGCACGUCCCUGGACGAGGACACCUUUCCCGGCGCCACGCAGUUCCAGCCGCAGCGCUGGGUCAGGAGGGACCCCACCGACCACGUGGACAACUUCGGCUCCAUCCCCUUCGGCUACGGCAUCCGCAGCUGCAUCGGCCGGCGGGUCGCCGAGCUGGAGAUGCACCUGGCCCUCACGCAGCUGAUCCAGAAGUUCCGUAUCCAGGUGUCACCGCUGACCCAAGAGGUCCACGCCAAAACCCACGGGCUGCUCACCCCCGGCGGCCCCAUCAACGUCCAGUUUGUGGACCGGCAGUAGGGCCUGCCCUGCUCAACCGCCUCGUAAAGCGCUAGGCCAUCUACCCCUGAUACCCCGCACUGUGGGACAGGGGCAUCACUUUUACCCCUCACUUCAGGACAGGGGCAACAGUUUUACCCCUAAAUGUGGGACAGGGGCAUCACUUUUACCCCUCACUGUGGGACAGAGGUAUCAGUUUUACCCCUCACUGUGGGACAGGGGCAACAGUUUUACCCCUAAAUGUGGGACAGGGGCAUCAGUUUUACCCCUAAAUGUGGGACAGGGGCAUCAGUUUUACCCCUCGCUGUGGGACAGGGGCAUCAGUUUUACCCCUCACUGUGGGACAGAGGUAUCACUUUUACCCCUCACUGUGGGACAGGGGCAACAGUUUUACCCCUAAAUGUGGGACAGGGGCAUCAGUUCUACCCCUAAAUGUGGGACAGGGGCAUCAGUUUUACCCCUCACUGUGGGACAGAGGUAUCACUUUUACCCCUCACUUCAGGACAGGGGCAACAGUCUUACCCCUAAAUGUGGGACAGGGGCAUCAGUUUUACCCCUCACUGUGGGACAGAGGUAUCACUUUUACCCCUCACUGUGGGACAGGGGCAACAGUUUUACCCCUAAAUGUGGGACAGGAGUAUCGGGGUUAGCUAUGUAGGCUGCACUGCAUUGUCCUCCUCAGCCAAUCUCACCCACAGACUGCCUAGCCCCAAAUGAGUGUGCCGAUGACGAUGAUGACGAUGAUGACCCUGAACCAAUCCCAGUGAGGGUCACACUUCAGCCUCCUCGUUCUUCCUUCUCUUCCUUUCGUCUUCACAAAAUAAUCUUAGUUAGAACAAGAGAAACUCUUAGACGUUGUAAAGUGAAGGUGCUCAGGCGCUGAUUGGCAUUGUAGUUGAUGACGAAAGACAAGUCAGAGGAUGUCUGUCAGUUUAACGGGAAAAAGAUCUCCCUCCUCUGACACCGUCCCACAAAGAGGAGCUUUUGGUUCGGUCAAGAUGACAUUCUGUCUGAUAAAUUUAACAGUAAAUGAGUUUUGUAGACACUGUAUGCUUAUAACAAUGACAUUUUGAUAUGUUAAUUAUUAGGAUCACUACGACAUGUCCUUAAGAGGAUGUACUUAAUGAGUAAUCGACUACACCAUCAAUUCCAAAGAUAUUAGGAUAUGUAGUCUCCCAUAUUAUUUUUACAAGAUUUAAAUAUAGACAUAUGUAUUCAGUUUGUGUUUCCUAAAUUUCAUAUUAGAUUUUAUGCAUUGAUCUUCAGAGUACCAAAUAAAUCAAGCUCUUAUUAGUUCAUGUAGUCUUUACAAACACAUAGACACACAAAGAACUCACAGAUAAACGUGUUUUGUUUCAUUUAGUUAAAUUUCUAAUGUAAUAAUUUCUGUUUUGAUCUUUGGUAGAUGUAGAUCCAUUAUAAUUGGCAUGUUAGACACUGGAUUUAUUUAACAAGUCAUUACAGCUGCUCGAAUGUGGGAUAGACCAACUAAUGAAAGACAUUUGGAAAAAUGAACCUGUUAAAGCUCUUAAGAAUAGAACUAUUUAAUGGUGGAGAGUAGGCCUAUGUCUAAAAGUGUGUGCAUGUAAUUAGGAAGGAAAUGCAAACAAAUGUGGCAAAAGCUUUAGCAUGUUGGCUGAAGGAAACUGUUACUCUAAUUUAAUUCACUGUGUCUAAUUUAAUCCAUGUCAUUAAAAAUGAUGACCCCCAGGACUAACCAUGUAUGUUUCACUGAACAGAAGAGUCUGAAUGUUCACAUGUUUAUUUGAAAUUAAAGUGCUUUGUAGGAACUGUGA